AUGACGCCUCGGGAAGCCAACGAGCUCGAGCCAACUAGGGUCGCCGCGUCCCGACCGCCGCCACGUUCAGGCGGACAACACAUGGAUGGCAAGGCAACGAACAAUAGCAUUCGAAGACGCAUCCAUCCCGCCCACAGCCCUCGCCUCCACGAACCUGAUAAGCCUGAAGGAAUCCCCGUAUUUCUCCGCACUCGACGUGCGCCAUGGGUUCCCUCACCAUCGUCCAAGUCAUCCAAGUCAAGCACCUCUGCCGCCGAUCACGCCACUCCCAGUACUUCAGCCACGAACCAGUCGACACUCCGAUCGUCGCAGCCGAAUGGAAACAGCGGGAUUGCGCCGACUCCCGGACAGGGCUCCAAGCAGGCACGUACACUCGUCAAAGCUCAGAAAUCCCGAAGCUGGUACGGAUCUUGGCCUCGAGUACCGAAAUCCGCCGCGUCGACUCAGGUAGCACGAGAAACGAUUCUUGGAGGCACCUCGAAGCCGGCGGGAACAGCGGAUUUCAGUCGAUUUGAACAGAAGAAACCCGCAGACGCCAUGAGCAUUUAUGACGCUUCAGGGUCUACCGGUCCGAAGAUACAGGAGCAUUCUGCUAGUGCAGGGCAGCAACCACCAGACCCAUCCCCUACAGCGACCGAAAGUGUUACGAAUCCCGACGACAAGCCGAAUCCUGAGGCUCCCGAUACUGAAAUGACAGAUGCCGGCCAGGAAGAUGGGAGGGGAACGGAACAACCUGCCGAAAGACCCGCGGACGGGCAAGGUGUAGAAACUGCCACGGAUCCGGUACCCCCGCGGCCCGCUUCAGGGUGGUUCGGAUGGCUGGGGAGGACAGCAACCGCAGCGCCCAUACCACCAACACCCGCAUCUACUGCAGACUCUAGUCCACAAGAGGCGAGCGUGCCAGUUUCUGUUGAGACAGGGGCGCCUGAAGCCAAAGCUGCUGAGGCAAAGGUUCCCGAGGCUAAGGUUCCCAGGGUUAAGGGUCCCGAGGCUAAGGCUCCCAAGGUUAAGGGUCCCGAGGCUAAGGCUCCCAAGGUUAAGGGUCCCGAGGCUAAGGCUCCCAAGGUUAAGGGUCCCGAGGCUAAGGCUCCCAAGGUUAAAGCUUCUGAGAUCAAGGCUCCCGAGGCCGACAAAGACGUACAGCCGGCGCAGGAGGGCCCGGCGGUCUCUGGCACGCCUGAUAAACCCGAGGACAAAACUGCACCAAGUUACGGCGGUUCGUGGCUCUGGUCCUGGUCUAGUAGAACUGCUCCCGCACAGUCACAAACUGAAACGAGGCCACCGCCCGCGGAGCCGGAGGCGCCACUUCCAACGGUGAAUGAACCCGAAGAUGUGGCUAUGAAAGAUGCACCAGCGGCAGAAGUAGUUCCUGAAGCGCCGACACCCACGCCCGCGCCCGCGCCUGCGUCCACACCCAAGGCAGGGUCGACAUGGGCAUUUUGGUCCCGCGAUACAGGGUCGGUAGUCACCAAGAAGCCCGUGCAGGCGGAGAGUGAGCAGGGCCAGCUCGCAGUCAUGGGGGAGGUAUCUGAAACCCAUCCUCAACAAGCGAAAUCGAUGGAAUUCAAAAGCACCCCCACAAAAGAGCCUCCGCUCAAGUCUGGUCGGAAAGAGGAGCCGACUAAAGCCGCUGUGACAUCUUCCCGAGAGUCUUCGUCCAAGAGUAACAAACGAGGGCGCCCGAAGUCAAUGGAGGUCGACGAUGCGCCCCCGGUCCGGCCAGGCACACCGAAGGUUGACAAGGCCAGUAAGCCAUCUACUCCCAAAACCAAAACAGCAGCCGCAGCAAAGAUCUCGCCACCAAACCUUCUACUUCCAUCUUUCGAUGGUACCUACAAGCUCAAGGAGAAUUCGUCCAUAAUCAAACAGAUUGCCCAAUUACUUUUGAGGACGCAGCAACCAUCGGGGAAGCAUGUGUACUUGGUGAAAGAACCCCCAAAGAUCAAGAAAGCUAUUGCCAUUGGAGUCCAUGGCCUUUUCCCUGCGAAUUACUUACGCCCCAUGAUUGGCCAACCAACUGGGACAUCCAUCAAGUUCGCGAACCACUGCGCUGAAGCCAUUAGAAGAUGGGCUGACAGCCAUGGUUGUGAGGAUUGCGAAAUCGAAAAGGUUGCCCUCGAAGGCGAAGGCAAGAUCGGUGAACGGGUCGAGAACCUCUGGAAGCUGCUGCUGAACUGGAUCGAUCUCAUCCGCAAGGCCGACCUGAUCUUGAUUGGGUGCCAUUCUCAGGGUGUGCCUGUCAGCAUAAUGCUGCUCGCGAAGCUUAUCGAGUUGGGGGUGGUGGCGUCAGCCAAAGUGGGAGUGUGUGCGAUGGCUGGUGUCUCUUUAGGUCCUUUCCCUGACUACCGGUCCAGCAUGGGCAUUCUCAUGGGAACGGCCGCUGAGCUUUGGGAGUUUGCCGACCCCCAGAGUGAAGUUUCUAAGCGGCUCGAGGCGUCCACCACAGCAGUGCUGAAUUACGGUGCACGCCUCACAUACAUUGGCAGCAUUGACGACCAGCUUGUGCCGUUGGAGUCGGCCAUCUACGCACCAGUUCACCACCCCUACAUCUACCGCGCCGUCUUCAUCGACGGACGGAUCCACGCCCCCGACUUGUCAGUCACCACCCCCUUCCCCCUUCCCCUCCAAACAAAAACCAAAGACACUAACACCCAGCCCCCACCCAGCAUCGCCCACCUCGUCGGCUUCGCCCUCAAGCUCCGCAACCUCGGCGUAUCCGACCACGGCUUAAUCCGCGAACUCUCCACCCCACUCGCCGGCAGCCUGUACUCAGGCGAGGGCCAUUCGCGGCUAUACGACGACGAGCGGGUCUACGACCUAGCGGUGACGCACGCGCUCGAGACGACCGAUAUCGUGGGCCCGUGCGAGGUGGUGCACCAUCGCCGCGGCGGUGGCGGUGGUGAUGGUGGUGGGAGUGGGAGCGGCGAUGGCGGGGGAGGGGGAGGCAGCGCGGGCUUGUCGAACCCCAACCCGUAUCACCUGCCGUGGAUCAUGCGUGGCGUGCUGGAGGAGGACUUUGUCAAGACGGAACUGUCGGCGGAGACGGCGGAGCUGGUGCGGCAGUUUGAUGAUUGGAAACCGGUUACCAAGGCGCUCAAGGAUGUUAAGUAUAGGUUGGAGGCUGUGAGGUCGAAGCUGUGA